GUACUUUGAGAUCUUAUUAUUAAGCAGAUCAGGAUGUCACCAAAUACAACAAUCAUUCUAGUUCAUGGCGCAUGGUGCAAACCCUCGAUCUUCAGCCCGCUGCUCCCUUACCUCUCUAGCUAUAACACCAUAGCGCCAGCCCUGCCAUCAGUAGGAUGCGCGCCAGAUAGUGAAUCGAUGAGAAGCUGGCAACCUGACAUUCGAGCAGCCAGCGACGCCAUUCUGAAAGCUCUGCAGCGAUCUCCGAAUGAGAAGGUCGUCGUGGGUUCGCACAGCUACGGAAGCAUCGUGUGUAGCGAAGCUCUUCAGGAUGUUCCCACCACAGACAGGUCUAGGGUUCGACAUGUGAUUCUUCAAGGUGUGCUGGUCGAUGUUGGGCAAGCGGUCGUGCUGGAUCCGACGCAGCCUCCUCCAGCAACCUGGAGAGUUGAAAAUGGACUUUGCUGGGCUGGGAUGCCGAAAGAAGCACUGCUGCAUGGUCUGUCCGAGGAGGAGCAGGAGAAAUGGCUCGAGGAGCUGGAUUACAUUCCUGAGGUAGUCGCGUACCAGCCUCUUACCUAUGCCGCUCAAUACGACUUUAAGACAACUUAUGUGAUUGCCGAGGACGAUCAAGUACUGCCAGCCGAGAUUCAGGACUUUCUUGUCGCAACUGUCAACGAAAAGGGUGCGGGCAUACAGGUAGAGAGGCUCAAAUGUGGUCAUAUGACAUUCCUUCGUAUGCCAGAGAAAGUCGCGGAAAUCAUCAAGAAAGUGGCGGACGACGCUCAGUGGCAAGUGUAAAAACAUGAUGCUUUCUUCUACUUAGAUGUUGUCCGACGGAAAGGUCCUAGAAAAAGGGAUGAGAAGAGACUGAGCCGUCCAAAGUGUUGUUGUUUCUAUGUAUUCGUGCGUCGGGGGCAUGUUGCGCUCCCAGCUAGGAGUCCAGUCCAUUGCUGUUUGAAGAUUCUUGCAAAUACUUUGCAGCGAGAGGGGCAUCUCACUGAUGAAUGUGCACUGGCUAGUAGUGAUGAAUCAUGAAGGCCCGCGGAAGGCUGUCGGUAUUGUGGUGGUAUUGUCUGCGGCGGCGUGGUUAGUUGGUGUAUGAUUCACAUUCUUCAACAGCUAUAUCCAUGCUGAAACAGUCCAGUAGU